AGUAUUUUAUGGUAGCUUGCAACUUCAGUAUUGUGAUUCAAUCAUUAUUCGUUAUUUCAAAUGCUCUUCGUGUUGACAGAGUUGCGAAAUUUUUACUUGUUAUAUUUGAACUUGGAAACAGACUUGAAUCAUUUUACAGCUAAGGACGUUCUUUAGCAAGGGCAAGUUUAAAAUGUUCAGGACAAGUAAAGUGGCAAGAUUAUUUUGCCAAAAUUUAUGGCGUGAUCGACAUUUAAGACUUUCUUUAAAAGAACAAAGGAGCUCAGCGGCGGAACCUUUCGCCAAUGGAACAAACAAUAAUUAUGUAGAGGAAAUGUAUCGAUCUUGGCUUCAAGACCCAAAAAGUGUACAUGCUUCAUGGCGUGCAUAUUUCACCAAUAUUGAGAAUGGUUUACCACAUGGGGAAGCAUAUACCAACCCGUCAUCUUUAUCUCAAUUCAAUGGUGAUGUUAUUGGUAAAUUGUUAGAGCCAUCAUUCAAAACAACAUACACAUCUCAGCCUACCAAUCUUCAACUGAUUCAAGAACAUCUUGCUGUGUAUUCAUUGAUAAGAUCUUACCAGAUUAGAGGAAAUAAUGUUGCAGAUCUAGAUCCUUUAGGAAUCAGUGAUGCUGAUUUAGAUUCAUCAAUUCCUCCAGAACUAGAUAUGGGGUACUGGCUUUUCAAUACACUACGAGGAGAUCCACCACCAAAGUUAAAAACCCCUGACUUUGAAGAGAUAAUUGAUUUGGAUGAUAAUACAGAAUUUUAUCUUCCAACAAGUACCUAUAUUGGAGGGGAUAAAAACUCUCUCUCUUUAAGAGAAAUAAAAAAUCGUCUUGAGGAGGUUUAUUGUAAACAUAUUGGCCUAGAGUAUAUGUACAUCAACAGUCGUAAAAAGUGUGACUGGAUCAGACAAAAGUUUGAAACACCUGGAGCAUUUGAAUUGAACAAAGAAGAAAAACGACGAUUACUUGCUAGAUUAGUUCGAUCAACUGGAUUUGAAGCAUUUCUUGCAAAAAAAUGGUCUUCUGAGAAAAGAUUUGGGUUGGAAGGUUGUGAGGUGUUAAUUCCUGCAAUGAAAGAAAUUAUUGAUGUUGCAAGUACUCAUGGUAUUGAAAGUUUUGUUAUUGGUAUGCCACAUCGUGGACGGCUAAAUGUACUUGCAAACGUUUGUCGUAAACCACUUGAACAAAUCUUUACUCAGUUCAAUCCAAAUCUUGAACCAUCAGAUGAAGGCUCUGGUGACGUCAAGUAUCAUCUAGGAAUGUCGCACAAGAGAAUUAAUCGGGUGACAAACAAGGAAAUACGUCUUGCUGUUGUUGCUAAUCCUUCACAUCUUGAAGCGGUGGAUCCUGUUGUCCAAGGAAAAACUAAAGCUGAACAAUUUUACAAAUAUGAUGAUAACGGAAAGAAAGUGAUGAGUAUACUCCUUCAUGGGGACGCUGCAUUUGCUGGUCAGGGUGUAGUUUAUGAAACAUUUCAUCUUAGCGAUCUUCCAAAUUAUACAACCCAUGGAACUAUUCAUAUUAUCGUGAACAAUCAGAUUGGUUUUACGACAGACCCUAGAGUUGCUCGUUCAUCGCCAUAUUGUACAGAUGUGGCUAAAGUCGUUCAGUGUCCAAUAUUUCACGUAAACGCUGAUCAUCCUGAGGCUGUAAUGAAUGUUUGUCGUACUGCAGCUGAAUGGAGGAAUGAGUUUGGAAAGGAUGUUGUCAUUGAUCUUGUUUGCUAUCGCCGUUUUGGACACAACGAAAGUGAUAAUCCGAUGUUCACUCAACCACUUAUGUACAAGAAGAUAGCCGAUCAAACACCUGUUGUAAAACGGUAUGGAGAAGAUUUGAUUAAUGAAGGGAUUGUAACAAAAGAAGAAUACGAGGCCGAGCAUGAUAAGUAUGAGAAAAUCUGCGAGGAUGCAUUUCAAGAAGGGAAGAAGAUUACUUCUCUAAAGUUUGCUGACUGGCUUGAUUCACCUUGGAAAGGAUUCUUUUCAAAUAAAGUUGGUCUUCACCCAAUAGCACCAACUGGUAUCCCCCUUGACGAAAUCAAUCAAAUUGGGGGUGUUUUCAGUUCCAUUCCUGGGGCUGAGUUUAGUAUUCAUCAAGGUUUAAAAAGGAUUUUGAAAGCCCGUCAGAAGAUGAUGGAAAAUAAGGAGGUGGAUUGGGCCAUAGGAGAGGCUUUGGCAUUCGGCUCUUUACUAAAAGAAGGGACACAUGUAAGACUGAGUGGUCAAGAUGUUGAAAGAGGGACCUUUAGUCACCGACAUCAUGUACUUCAUGACCAGAAUCGUGACAAGGAAUUUUACAUACCAUUAAAUGAUCUUUCAGAAGAUCAAGCUAAAUAUACUGUGUGUAAUAGUUCAUUGUCGGAAUAUGCUGUACUUGGUUUUGAACUAGGUUACAGUAUGACUAAUCCUUUUUCACUUGUUUGCUGGGAAGCUCAGUUCGGUGAUUUUAAUAACACAGCCCAAUGCAUAAUAGACCAGUUUAUAAGUAGCGGACAGGAUAAAUGGAUCAGGCAAAGUAAUAUUGUGUUGUUACUUCCUCAUGGCUAUGAAGGAAUGGGACCUGAACAUUCUAGUGCCCGACCUGAGAGGUUUCUUCAAAUGAGCAAUGAUGAUCCUGAUACUCUUCCUACUGAAGGAGAGGAUUUUGAAGUGAAACAACUUAAUUCCACCAACUGGCAGGUUGUGAAUUGUAGCACACCUGCCAAUUAUUUUCAUGUCUUAAGACGCCAAAUAAAGAUGGAUUUCAGAAAACCGUUAAUUAUUUUCACUCCAAAAAGCCUUCUUCGUCUACCCGCUGCAAAAUCAUCUUUGCAAGAAAUGAGUGAAGGGACCACGUUUCUUCGUUGCAUUCCUGAAGACGGACUUGCCACUCACAAUCCAGAAGCUGUGAAAAAACUAAUAUUUUGUACAGGAAAAGUUUACUAUGAUUUACUCAAGGAACGCGAAGAUCGGGAACUAAAUGCAGAUAUCGCCAUCACAAGAAUUGAACAGCUUUGUCCUUUUCCAUUUGAUUUCAUAAAAUUUGAGGCGGAACGAUUUUGUAACGCAGAUAUAGUGUGGGCUCAAGAAGAGCCAAAAAAUAUGGGUUAUUGGAGCUACGUAAAACCACGUAUUGAAACUUCAACAGGCCAUAACAAAAUAAUCAGGUAUACAGGAAGAUCGACAGCAGCAGCUGUUGCAACAGGAAGCAAGUACAUACAUAAUAAUGAGCAGAGAUCUCUCAUUAAUGAUGCUCUCACUAUUUGAAACAUGCUAGGAGGUUUGAAGAAAGAAUUCAUUAAUGUAACAACAGUAUUUAUUCGUAAACUAUUUUUACCGACUUUAAAUUAAACUAAAAAUGUAAAGGUAAACUUUAAAUUUUUACAAAGCCUGGAGCGCUACCUUAUAUGUGUAAUGGUAGCAAAGUAUGUCUUCCAAUUGUGAUGAUUAACGGAAAUUUACAUACAUCAAUCAGUAAAUUUAACUAGUAUAAUUGUGUAAUGGGCUCUCCUGACUUUUAUAUUUUGAUAAUCUUUAGUUUUGCGUUGUAUUCAUUUGUUGUAAUGAUUACUAAAGUGUACUCUGCUGUCAUAAA